AUGGCUAAAAAAAGUGAUAAGUUAUCGUCAAACGAAAGCAAUUCAAUUACGAACGUGAGACAUGGUCGGAAAAAAAAUGGGAGCGCCGAUGAUGGGAAAACGAAUGGGAAAGAAAAUGAAAAAAUUAUAAACAGUUGGGAUGAAACGAGUUCUUCCGGUAACGAUUUCCAACUCCCCAAAAGCAAACAACAACAACAACAAAGCAAUUGGGAUUUGAGUACGGAUUGUCAGGAAGAAACAAUGGUCGAACCAUUUGAUGACGUAUCGAAAGAAUCAUCAUCAUCAUCAUCAUCAUCCGAUUCGAAUUCGGAUAGUAAAGAGGUAGGGAAAGAAUAUAAAAAUGAAAAAAAAAAUUUUUUCAUUCAUUCAUCCAUAUUGACGUCAGACGGAAGUGACGACAGGGAAAAACACAGUUUGUUUGACGUUUUGAGCAUAAGUGGUGAAAAACAAUCGAAAACAAAUAGUUUGGAUAGUAAGAGUGGUCAAAAAUCAAACCAUGAUUUUAUUAUUAAUAAUAAUAAUAAUAAUAAUAGUAGUAAUAAAAAGGGAGAAGAAAGUUCGCUUUUGAUCGAAGAUUUAGAAGAUUUUAUUAAAUACGACAACGAUCAUUCAAAAUCUACCCGCGAUAAAUUCAAAGAAGACGAAGAUGACGUCAUGGAAGACGUUGUGGAAACGAGAAGGACGGACGUAUCCAACGACAGCACGACCGUUUGGAUGAUACCGAAAUCGGAGAAAAGCGUCAACGUUAAUUCCACGGCCUACAGCAAAACGUUAUCGAAUUAUGACGAAAGCGAAAAUUUAAAUACUAGCGACAGCAACGGCAAUAAUAAUAAUAAUAAUUUUAUAAAAAAAGCAAAAAGUUCGACGAAUUUGCAAAAACGCGAGAAGAAAACUUGCAGAUCGACAAAAUCGGAUAACGUUACGAAAAAAAAAAAAAAAGAAUUUGAAAAAAUCAGUUUGAAAAGCAUAAUUAAUUUCGAAGAACCUUUUUUACAAAAUAAAUUACAAAAAAUGGUGGAAACGAAGAAAAAUUUUCACGACGAAUCUCACAUUUAUUUUACCGAAUACGAGUGUAGAACGAUGACGAUGGAAAAAGACCCGGAAAAAUCGAAAUCAUCGACGAGCGUUCACGACGAAGACAUUUUAUCGGAUGAUAACAACCACGUUUCCCAUUCUCCCACUGCAAAUAAUAAUAAUAAUAAUAAUAUAUCGAACGAAGAGAGCAGAGAGUAUAACAGGGUGAAAAAAAACGAAAACGAUUAUAAUAAGUCUCCCAGGGCGGGACCCUCGAGUCCGCCAUCUUUGGAAGUCAUGAGUUUGCCAAACAUAUUCGGAAGGAACGCGAUUAAAGACCGGGGAGCGACGAAUGAGAAAAAAAAAGGAAGGAGAUCUAUGAAUGCUGAUGGUAAGAUGAAAUCCGACAAAGGAAAACCCAUAACGGAAUCAUGGUACCUACUCGAUGAAACGGGACAGUACCAAGAGGUAACCAGAGACGAAGUAACGAUACUAUUAAACGGUCAAAGUGCGGAUACCGUGUUAUUGGGUAGGAAAGAACAUUUGAUAUCGAACAAAGAAUCCGAAUCGACGAGUCAAAAUGGCGGUUCUUUCGGUGGUUUGCUCACAAAGGAAAGCAUACAGAAUUUUUUGAGACAAGAAGACGUCGGGGGAGAAGGACACGAUGGGAAAAGUAUAAAUCUCGAAAGAAAAGUCGAAAAUACUUUGCUGUUCAUACAACCGGGUUUAAAUUUAACUGCAUCCAUACGAAUCAUACCCGUCGAUACGGAAAUGAUACAUUUGUGGAGGCGAACACGUGACAAUAGUUCGCUCAUGAGUUCGGAUUUCGAUUUGAGACUGCAAUUAUCGCAAGAUUCCGUGGAAAACCAUUUUUUCGAUAUAUCACACGAAACUCUAAUCGAACAAGAUGAAAAUAUCAAUCCGAAAAUAUUAAAUAAUUGCGAUUACGCGGGAAAAAGUGAUAAAAUGGAUAAUAAUAAUAAUAAUAAUAAUAAUAAUAAUACCGGAGGACCUGAUUAUUCAAAAUUAUUAUUAGAAACGAGAACUAUGGUCGAUCAUUUAACUGGAAAAUUUAAACUUCUUCAAAACAGACUUGAUGGCGAGACGAGCCGAAAUUUAACGUUACACAGCGAAGUAAAAAAACUUCGUCAAUUAUUAAACGAACCUCAGGGAAAAGCUGACAUUGGUUUAAAAAUCAGAGAAAUAUCGGCAAGUUCACAUCAAAUAAACGAAAUAUCAUUUUCAUCCGAAUCGAGUUUUGUCAAUACGAGUAAAAGAAAUAUAAAAAAUGAUAAUCAAAAUGAAGACAAUUUAGAAGUCCAAGAAACAAAUUCUGUUCUUCAUACAAAUUUGCAAAUAAUCGAAGGAAAAAUGAAACUCCUACAGGAAGAGAACGAAGUCAUCAUGAAUCAAAAUUUAGAAUUGAAAAAAAAAUUACGAGAAAUAUCGCAAGAAUUGGAAAAAUAUUUAUCGAGUACGACGGAUGUUGAAGAUUGCGAAGAUGAUGGCAACAAAGAGGCGGACACGUUAAGAGACCAAGUGUGUAAUCUUAAAUUAGAACUGGAUAAUUUGAAAAGAUCCGCAACAGAAAAAGAAGAAAAUUUUAAAAAAGAAAUCAAAUUAAUGAAAAAUGAUAAAGAAAAUUAUUUAAAAAAUUUGAAAAAUUGGUUUGAUAUGGGUCAUCAAGUUAAAAAAACUAUGGAAAUAUUAAAAGAUAAACUUUCCGAAUUUAACAUAUUCAACCGAGACUCAUUUAUCAAUAAUAAUCACGAUGAUGAUGAUGAUGAUGAUGAUGAUGAUGAUGACGACGUUAAAGAACCUCAAAAGUUUUUACAUAAACUCAAUAGAUUUUUAAACAUUAUCACUGAUCGUUAUAUUUUGGUACAAAGGGAAAAUUUUUUGUAUGAAAAAAAACUUUGCUCCGAUAAACAAGAGAAAAUAAAAGAUUGUAAAAAUUUAGACAUGGUUAUCAUGGGUUACGCGGAUUUGAUUGAACAAUGUCGAAAAUCAACGUCGAUGCCCGAAUCCGGUGAUAAAGUCAUGGAAGAUUAUUUUUCGAUAAUGAUGGAAAAGGCAACACUGACGGAAGAAUUGAAAGCUUUGAAAACGGAAAAUGAAAUACUCGUACAAAGUCAAAUGGAACACUAUGAAAAAUUAAAACAAACCAUGAUGGCGUUGAAAGAAAGGAAAAAUGAAAUUCUCGCGUUGCAAUCCACGCAAAAAUUAAGCGACGACGAAAAACAUCAAAUGUCCGACAUAUUGAAAUUAUACGAAGAGCAAAAAAUAAAUAUUGAAAAUGAAAUCGUUGAAAAGAGUAACAUGAUAAAAGAAUUAUUAAACGAGAAAAGCGAAUAUUGUAGAAAAUUAAAGGAAAGCACGGAACAAUUGGAAAAUUGUUUCGAUAAAAUUAAAAAUCUCGAAGAUGUUGUACAAUCGAAAGAAAAUAUUAUUAAUCAAUUGAAAAUGGAUAACGAUAAACUUUUAAAAAUGGAAGAAAGUAGAAAAAAUCAAAAUGAUGCAUUGAAAAAAGAAAUCGGCGACAUAUUGAUUGAAAAAAAACAAAUCGAAUCCGAUAUUAAUUCGAUAAAAAUUUUAAUGAAUCAAUCACAAAAAGAAAUGACGGAAUAUAUACAACAUUUAGAAUCGAUAAUCAAUACAAAUCAAGAAAAUUUAGAUAAAAAUAAACAGAAGUUAAAAGAGGUCAAUCAAUCGAUGUCGAGAUUGAAAACGGAAAAUGAUACUUUGGAAAAAAAAUACGAAUUCGAAUUGAAAUUACACGAGAAAACUAAAAACGAAUUGGAAAAUUGUAAAAGUGAACUUGAAACCUUAUUGCAUAAAUACAAACAAACGGAAAAGGAAAUGGAAAUAUUAAACGAAAAAAAUAAUCGUUUAAAAAAUUCGGAAAGAAAAUUAUCCGAGUCGUUAGAUUCAAUGGGAAAUCAAUGUAAAAUCCUACAAAAGGAAAAUUUGGAAAUAAAAGAAAAAAUAAUUUUAUACACGAGAGACAGAGAUGAAUCGUUGAAAGAACAAAAAGAUUUAUUGAAUAAAUAUGCGAUUGUGGGAAAAGAACUACAAAAACUUCAAGAUAAAUAUAAAAACGUCAAAGCGGAAUGUAACGAUAGAACGAACGUCAUUCACUAUUUGGAAAUCAUGUUGAAAGAAAACAUAAUGGAGUACAAUAAUAAAAUAACUUACCUUGAAAAUAACAUAACUCAUAUUUUGAGUAAGAUAUCGGCUUGUCAAUUUACCAUCAAAGACAAUAAUAAUGUGGAGUCGAAUAAUGAGGAAGUUGAAAAUCUGAAACAACAAUUAAAUGAAACGCAUGAACAAAGGAAAAAACUUGAAAACAUGGUUGGUAAUUAUUAUUCUAUAAUGAAAAAUUUACAAAAUGAAAUACAAAAUAGAGAAAAAGAAGUUGACGAAUUGAAUUUGAGACUGUCUGUCGAACAUGAAAAAUGUUUGAAAAUAAAUAAUGAAAAUGAAAAAUUACACAAGACAAAUGUUAUCAAAAGUAAAACUGAUGUGUCAAAAUUUGAACAAAUGCAAUGUGAAAUAUCAACAUAUAAAACUCAAUUGAUUGAAUCGAAAAAACAAAUCGAAUACAUUAACAUGAAUCAUGAAAAUGAAAAGAAAAAAUUGGAAUUGAUCAUUGCUGACCUCAAAGCUGAAAUACAAAAAUAUCAAAUAAGAAUGGAAGUUAUGAUGAAAAAUCUUCCAAAUGCAAAACUAUCGAGUAAUUCAAUCAUAAAUAAAAAAAAUUCAGAUGAAUUAAUGAAAAAAAUACAAAUAUUAACAGGGGAUUUAGAAGAAAGAGAUCGAAAAAUAUUGGAAUUAAACGAUUUGUUGAACAAAUUCAAAAUGGAUAAAAAAAUGAGAGAAAAUGAAAUUGAUAAUGUUAAAAAGAAAAAUGAAUGUUUGAACGAAAUGUUGAAAAAUUUACAAAGUAAAUUAGUUCAAAUGGAAAAUUCACUGGAGGCAAAUAGUAAAAACUGGCAAAAACAAGAAGAGGAAAAAAAUGAAAUGGCUGAAAAAUUAUUACAAUCUAUAAAAAUCAUAAUGGAAGAAAAAUCAGCUAGACAAUCAAUCGAAUUGAUGGCAGUCGAAAAAGAAAAAAAUUACAAAGAAGAAUUAAUGCAAUUGAGAAAUGAAAUGAUGGGAAAAGUUUCAAAUGGUAAAAAUCUAAUGGAUGAAAUUCAUAAAAAAGAUAAAUAUAUAAUUAAAUUGCAGCAAGAAUUACAAAAAUCAAAAUUAUAUAUAGGUUCACUCAAAGCGCAGAUCACAGAAUGUCGUGAAAUAAAAGCAAUGUUUAAAAAUAAUGGAUGUACUUGUUUCAAUGAAGACAUUAAUAAAUCUCAUGCAUUAACAAAUGGGAAAAUACAAAAAAUAACUCCAGAAAGAUUCGAAUCUUGUUUGCAAGAAUUAAAAGAAGUUAGAGAAACUAAUUUGCUAUUGAGAAAAACAGAAGGAGAAUAUCAAUCGAAAAUAGUUAAACUUGAGGAUGAUAUAAGAGAAGCACGUUUACAAAUAAAAGAACUUGAAGGACAUAUUAAAAUAGAAAAAAAAUAUAAAAAAAAUUUAAAAAACAAAAUAGUUUCCGCUAAAAUAGAAAUAGAUAAGUUUAUUAGUUUAAAUCAAAUAUUACCGACUGUUGCUGACAGAAUAAAAUAUCAUUUAGACAAUUAUAAAAUGCUUUUAACGCAACAAUUUGUACCACGAUGGAAGAAAGAAUGGUUACCUCUAGCUACUCAACAACUGAGUAUAAAAAACGAUAAAAAAGGAACAAUAGAUGUAAAUUUAAAUGAUGAUAAUAAUAGUAAUAACAACGCGAAUAAAGAAUCUUAUUAUUUUACGUUACACGCAACAACAAUGUCCGCUCCCUUUUAUACAAGUGAAAAGUUAAUAAGUGACAGUCCUAAAUGGAAGGAAUUAGAUAUAUCCUUUUGGGAAAAGAAUGUGUGCAAUUCAAUAGAUGCUGUGGUUAUUCGUUUAUGGUUCAGUAAUUCUCAGUAUUCUGAAGAUAAAGUUUUGGCAGUUUGGGGAGUUUAUCUAAGUGGAUUAAUGUACCUUGGACCUAAUUUAAGGGGAGAUGUUCCAUUAAAACCAAAUUCUCUAGUAUUUUUAAUGCCAGGCGGAUAUUUUACUGAUCCCAAGUGUUUAGAUAUGAACCUAAAGGUUCGUUAUAGUUCUGUGAUAGUUAAUAGCUGUGAUGUCCGUUUAAGUUACUCUGUCAAUUCUCUUAAAAGAUUACAAACAAUACAACAUGUAAUUAAAAAAGAAAUGAACGAAGCUGAAAUAAUAAAAAAAAAAAUAUCAAUGGGAGAUUUUUUCAGGAGCGAAAGCAGAGGACGAACUUCUUUAAGAAAAAUAUUAAAUAAGCACAAGCCGAAAACGAAUCAUUUAGAUUUGUUAAAAGUGAAGGAAUCGAUUGAAAUUGUCAAAUACCAAAUAGCCAUUUUAAAAGAGGAAAAAGAAAUAUUAAUUAAUAGAAUUAAAAAUUUAGAAGAUAAUAUCAAAUCGCUGUCGCAUUCGAAUCAUUUAUUAGAAUCGAAAAUAAUGGAAAAUUUUAAAAAUUUAAAAAAAGAAAUUCACGUUCAGAAAGAAUGGAAAAAAAGUUACAUAGAUAGAAGGGAAAAAUAUUUGCAUUCCAAAGCGAUGUUAAAUUUUAGAACUAAGCAAUUGAUAUCGGAAUUAAAUUUAAUAUAUCCCAUUGUGGAAGUUUCACCGGAAAAAUACACGAUAUGUGGGGUUCAUUUGCCCAAUUCGGAAGAUUUUGCGGGACACGACGAUUUACAAAUUUCAAUAGCUUUGGGUUUCGUCACUCACAUAAUACAAAUGAUAUCGAUUUUUUUACAAAUUCCUCUACGGUAUCCCGUCGUUCACUAUGGAUCUCGUAGUAAAAUAAUCGAUUUAAUCACGGAUAAAGUUCCCGAUGCGGAACGUGAAUUUUGCCUGUAUAAUAAAGGUAAAGAAAAAUUGCAAUUUCACUACGCGGUAUACUUAUUAAACAAAAACAUAGCUCAAAUGAGAUGGUUAUGCGGGUUGCCCACAUCGGAUCUACGAAACACGUUAGAAAAUUUAUCGUCUCUGAUAAAAUUAAAAUACGAAUGUUCUACCGUCGACCACAAUAACAGGUCACCAUCUUCAUCGACCAUAGAUAUUUGCAGUUCGAAUUUGAGUGUGUCUAGUCCUUUGGGCAGCGUUUUAUCAUUUCAAUCGAAAAAAUAUUUAAAACCUUAUUUCAUACCCGGAUCAGGAUCAGGAUCAAAGACUGUCAACAGCCGCGGCUAUCGAACGCCAGCUCAUCACAUUUCUAAAUCGUUAGGCUCGUCGAAAGAUUUAUACACGAAUAUGUUUGAUUUAAAAAAUAAUUUACGGGAUAAAGGGGAAAAGGUCAAUAAUAAUAAUAAUAAUAAUAAUUUAAGUUAUUCUUUAGAUAAAGGUUUGAACGAAUACGAAGAAUCAUUAAGUACCUGGAAAAAAGAUGGGGAGCAAUUCGGUUCGGAACCGACGUUAAACUCAUCUGAUAAAUCGUUAAAAACCGACGAAGAUGGAGUCGAAAAUAAAGAACAAUUUGGGAAAUAUCCGGCGGGGGGGAGCGAGUUUCAAAAAUUUUCUUCUUCCACGCGCAACGAAGGCUCUGAUGGUAAUGAUAAUAAUAAUGAUAAUGACUUAACGAUAAGUAAAGGAAAAAAUAUAUUCUCUCAUGUGGGAACGAAUGGGAAAAAAUUAAAAGAACCAUCAUCGUCGUAUAUAUUUAUCGAUGAAAUAUUAGGAGAAGAAAUAUCAGAAAAAUUGACCGCAAAUGAAACAGUAGAGAAAAAUGAUGAUGUUGAAUUGUGUCAAGAACCACAAAUUGAAAAAUUAAACGUUUGGCCUACCAAAGAUAAUCAAAUGGAGAAUGUUAACUCUUGUAAAAAAAAAAUUAAUGAUAAUAAUGAGAAAAAUUCCAUUACUUCAGAGGAUAACUUAUUGGAAAAUGUAACUAAUCGUACUGAGGCAUUAGUGAAUCAAUCGACAUCUUUCAAUAGGUUUAGACCCAAAUUCAAAAGUACAUUAGAAAAUUCGAGUUAA